AAUAGUAAACCCACGACAACUUGCAGCCGACUAUUUAGAGUUCCGCGCGUCACCAAACCGUCACUCGGAGGCCGAAGCCGUUAGCCAUGGAUCUCUAUUUAACUUUCAGAUCCCGAUCACCUCUCCUUCAAUCGAAACUCAACUCUCCAUCCUUUCAUCCACGAUCAAUCAUCUCGAUUCCCUUCGCUUCUCCCAAACCACCGCUUCAACCUCGUGGAACUCGUCGCCUCACGGUGGCAGCCGCUGCAGCGAUGAAGAAGACGAUCGAGGGCGUCAGCGAGGAGUUGAACUCCAUUGCUUCACAGAAUCUCGACUACGCUGCUGCUCGUAGAAGAGUUCGAUCUGCUUUCGUCCCAGUCCACCAGCAGCUUGAUCAUCUCUUGUUCAAGAUGGCUCCUGCUGGUGUAAGAACAGAGGAGUGGAUCGAGAGAAAUUCAAAGGGAUUGGAGAUUUUCUUUAGACGAUGGAUUCCAGAACCUGGGGUUAAAAUUAAGGGUACUGUGUGCUUUUGCCAUGGAUAUGGUGAUACUUGUACUUUCUUCUUUGAAGGCAUUGCUAGGUUCAUUGCGGCAUCCGGCUAUGGUGUUUAUGCUAUCGAUCAUCCUGGAUUUGGCCUUUCCGAAGGAUUGCACGGUUACAUCUAUAGCUUUGAUGAAUUAGCUGGCAAUGUCAUAGAACAAUAUGCAAAAAUCAAAGAAAGACCUGAAGUGAAAGGAUUGCCCUGCUUCAUAUUGGGACAGUCCAUGGGUGGAGCUGUUACACUCAAAGUCCACUUCAAGGAUCCACAUGGAUGGGAUGGAAUGAUCCUUGUAGCCCCAAUGUGUAAAAUCGCAGAUGAUGUUAAGCCUUCGGAACCGGUUGCGAAAGUUUUGACCUUUCUAUCUAAAGUUAUGCCAACAGCAAAGUUUGUUCCACAGAAAGAUCUAACUGAUUUGAUGUUCAGAGAUCCAAGGAAAAAGAAGAUGGCUGUGUACAAUGUGAUUUGUUACGAUGACCGGACACGACUGCGAACAGCGGUUGAACUCCUGAAUGCCACAAAGGAAAUCGAGAAGCAAGUAGAGAAGGUCUCGACUCCACUGCUGAUUCUUCACGGAGCUGCGGAUAAGGUAACGGAUCCAGCGGUGAGUCGUUUUCUUUAUGAACGCGCCUCGAGCAAGGACAAGACAUUGAAGCUGUAUGAAGAAGGGUAUCACUGCAUUCUGGAAGGGGAACCUGAUGACAGAAUUUUAACUGUCCUUAAUGAUAUUAUUUCAUGGCUGGAUGCUCGGUGCUAGGUUUUGAUGCAACUAUUGUAAUUGGAC